AAGAGAUGGCUAGAAUGGUGCUGAGUGCGUUCUUCUUCAAAUCUCUUCUCAUCUUUCUGUACCGUUUCUUCUUUAGGCCACUCAAGGACCGAAUAAGUAUUAACAAUAACAACAUCACAUUUGCAACGCAACUCAUACACGAGAGGUACCACUCUUUGCACCAUCGUUCAGACCUCAAUGACCACACUCUCAUCUUUGAUGUAGAAGGUGCGUUGUUGACAUCUUCUUCGGUCUUUCCAUACUUCAUGCUCGUUGCCUUUGAAGCAGGAGGGCUUUUAAGGGCCAUCGUUUUGCUUUUAGCGUACCCUUUUGUUUGUUUAGUUGGGGAAGAAACGGGAAUGAAGAUCAUGGUCAUGGUGUGCUUCUUUGGGAUCAGAAAAGAGAGGUUCAGAGUUGGAAGCGCGGUUUUGCCUAAGUUUUUUUUGGAGGAUGUUGGGGAAGACAUGUUUGAGGUGGUGAAGAGAGGUGGCAGGAAAGUGGGGUUGACCAAGUUGCCGAGAGUGAUGGUGGAAAGCUUCUUGAAGGAGUAUUUGGAGAUUGAUUUUGUUGUGGGGAGAGAGUUGAAGGUGUUCAAUGGCUUCUACGUGGGGUUGAUGGAGGAGACAAAAGCCAUGCAUGAUAAUUUAGAGAUGGUUCGAGAAGGGAAAGGAAACUGUUCUGAUAUCAUUGGAAUUUCAGGGUUUCACAAGGAUCUUGAUCAUUCCUUUUUCUCUUCAUGCAAGGAAGUGUACACGGUGGGCGAAAAUGAGAAGAGGAAUUGGAAAAACCUAGGAAGGGAGAAAUACCCUAAGCCACUAAUCUUCCACGAUGGAAGAUUAGCACUAAAACCCACACCCCUAACCACUCUAGCCAUCUUAAUGUGGCUCCCAUUCGGCUUCACCCUCUCCUUGAUUAGGAUCAUAACGGCCCUCACACUCCCACAAAACAUCUCAAUACCCAUGUUGGCGUUUAGUGGGCUUCGUCCCACAACCUCAAGGCCCAAAGCCCAAAAACUCAAGGCGAAGGGCAAUCUGUAUGCAUGCAACCACAGAACGUUACUCGACCCUCUCUCUAUAUCCUUCGCGUUGAAGAGAGACUUAAUGGCCGUUACCUACAGUUUAAGCAAAGUGUCCGAGAUGCUAGCACCCAUAAAAACGGUGCGUUUGACGCGGAACCGAAGCGAAGACGCUAAGAAGAUGAAGCGGUUGCUGAAGCAAGGUGACCUAGUUGUGUGCCCCGAAGGAACCACGUGUAGAGAGCCAUAUUUAUUAAGGUUCAGCCCUUUGUUUUCGGAAGUGUGCGAUGAAAUUGUCCCUGUUGCUAUUGAUAGCCACGUGACUAUGUUCCACGGCUCCACCGCGGGGGGUUUUAAGUGCUUCGACCCCUUUUUCUUCCUCAUGAAUCCAACGCCGUCUUACACCGUUAGGUUGCUAGAGAAAGUGUCACCUUCUUCGGUACUUGCAACCACUAAUAAUACUUUUAACUUGGACGCCAGGUUUGAAGUGGCAAAUCACGUGCAAACGCAGAUUGGCAAGGCCCUCGGUUUUCAAUGCACACAACUUAAUAGAAGAGACAAGUACUUGACUUUGGCCGGUAAUGAAGGUGCUUAGUUUCUAUUUCUACCACAAAGACGUACUAUACUAAUAUAAUAAAUAUUAAUUACCCUUUCAGUUUUUAAUAAUGUAUGUUGAUCAUACACCAAACGCUAUUGCUGUCACUUGUGAGUUGUGAGUUGUGAGUUGUGAGGGAAAAUAGAUACUAUGGGCAAGAGAAAUGCCGCAAAAAUUACUUUGCUUCAUCUUGUCCUUAUUAUAUUUUCGCCAUUUUUUUUUCUUCGUUUCUGUGUUGUGACAUUUUUUUAUUUAUAUUUUUUAUGAUUCUAUGUUGUAAUAUAGUAAAGCAUUAUUGAUUCAUUCA